GUUCCAAUCCCCGCUGGAGUGGAAACACGGGGGGAGGCAGACAGUCCUCUCUUUUCUCCCUUUCCCGUUUUUUACCUCGUUGUGCUUUGCUUUUUUAUUUCACCCAUGCUUCUCUGUCUUUCUCUCUCUCUCUCUCUUUCUACAUUUCCCCCUUUUUCACUGCACAACUUUUCCUUUUUUUCCCCUUCACCCUCCUUUCCGCUCCGUUUGAAGGUUCUUAUUAAAAAGAACCCCGGUCCAUUUAGCUUACAGCUCUAGUUUAUUUAUUUAUUUAUUUAUUUAUUGUUUUUCGGAUUGUUUUUUUUUUUAACAUAUACAUAUACCUGAAUAUAUAGAUAUAUGUACACUCACAAGUAGAAUAGUCGUUUAGUCUGUUUUUAAGCUGUGCCCCAAAUGAGAAGACGCAAACGAUGGAACUGCACAUUUUGGAGCACAGCCUGAAAGUAGCCAGUAUAGCGAAGGAAGGCAUCCAGAUUUGCACUCACGGAUUAAUUAAACUCGCUUUCCUGCCUUCAAAAACAAGAUGCAAGUUCUUCAGUUUGACCGAAACCCCUGAGGAUUACACCAUCAUAGUAGACGAAGACGGCUUUAAAGAACUGCCCGAGUCUGAGUAUCUCAGCGUAGCGGAUGCGACAUGGUUAGCUCUCAACGUGGUGUCAGGGGGAGGCAGCGCCACCAGCUCUCAACCGAUCGGCGUCACCAAAAUCGCCAAGUCCGUCAUCGCCCCCCUCGCCGACCACAACAUCUCCGUCUUCAUGCUGUCCACCUACCAAACCGACUUCAUUCUGGUCAGAGAGAGGGAUCUUCCCAUGGUCAUGCACACGUUGUCCUCCGAGUUCACCCUCCUCAGGGUGGUCAAUGGAGAGACGGUAGCCGCCAACUACUCUGGAGUCACCAACGGUUUCGUCAAGCCUAAACUUGUCCCUCGACCCAUCAUUCACCCUCUCUCCAGUCCCAGUAACAUGUUCUGUGUGACGAGUCUGGACCCAGACACACUGCCCUCUGUGGCCACCCUGCUCAUGGACGUCAUGUUCUACUCAGGAGGAGGGAAGGAAGCAGGAGCGCAGAAUGAAGAUUCAGGACACAUCCGCUUCUUCUCCUUCUCCCUGAUCGAGGGCUACAUCUCUCUGGUUAUGGACGAGCAGACUACUCGAAGGUUCCCCAACAACGUCCUCUUCACCAGCGCUUCGGGAGAGUUGUGGAAAAUGGUCCGCAUCGGAGGACAGCCUUUAGGAUUUGACGAAUGUGGGAUUGUGGCCCAAAUAUCUGAACCUUUGGCGACAGCUGACAUUCCAGCCUACUACAUCAGCACCUUCAAGUUUGACCAUGCUCUGGUUCCAGAGGAGAACAUCCAGAGUGUGAUCGGAGCCUUGAGGACCAAUGAGAGCACAGGACAGUGAGCUCGGACACAAGCCUCUCCGAGUCCCUGCUAGAUUAUCAUUUUCAAAAGUGCCAAGAGCUUUUUGAGGACUGCUUUUGGGAGGGAGGGAGGGGGGUAGAAACCGGAGCCAGGGGUGAGAAUGAAAGGUGUGUGUGAGAGUGUGUGUUAAAGAGAGAGAGCGAGAGAGAGAUGGGUUGCUUUAGUUGCACUCUCCCACUUUCAUUAGACUGAUUGUGCCAACAGCUGUCCCUCAGCCCUCCAGUGCAUCCUUUUCUCCAGGGACCCUCAGCUAGUGUGACUGCAGUGUUAGAUUUUUCUCUCCUUUCUCCCCUUCUGCAUUAUUGCCCCCCCUUCCCUUCUUCUUCUUUUUUUAAACUUUCUCUUUCUCCAAACCCCAUUUCACCAUGACAACAAGGCCUACUGAGAUAUAGGCUGUUUUCUUUUUUUCUUGUUGAUUUUUUUUCCUCCCUCCCUCCCCAACAAGACUAUCCUUGAUUCAUUGCAAAUAACCACAGUGUAUUAGUAAGUGAAUGAGAAUGUACGCCACAAACAUUUCGGUGUAAACGUCUGUAUCAUCGCUCCUCCCUCUUCUCUUACUGUGCCAAGUCACUUUAGGCCUAAACUGACUCCUCGAGUGUGAUUUUUGUUUUCUUUUUGUUUGCGUGCGGUUUGAAAGCCGAUUGUUUUAAAUACAGAUAUGGAUUCGAUCACAAGUUCAAUUUCAGAACAACACGCAGAAAAUCGGCUCGUGAAGCCGGUUUUGUUUUUCCAGUUGCCCUCGAUUCACCUACAGCCCGUGUUCUCGUUAUCGAUGCCAAGCCACUGAGUUAUGAAUAAGUUAUUGUGUUUUUUUUUUGUUUUUUUUUUCCCUUGUAUCCAAACUACAAUCAAUGGCUUUCUGUGCUCCGGCUCCGGGAGCCUGCGUCAAUCCGGGGCGGAGAUUUUAUCAGAUUGGAAUAAAACACAUCACCCUGCUCAUGUUCUUUUGUGAAUAGACAGAGUUUUAAAAAAAAAAAAAGUCACAAUUUCACCCUCUUCAGCUGAAAAAACUGGAGAACGGAUUGUGCGAUUUACUGUAUAUAUCUCCCCCCCCUUAUCACGCGUGAAGCCAUGUCGUGUUUUCGAGAUAACGAAAUGGCAUGCAAUACUUUUAGCUUCUUUACCAAGUUUUUACCGUUCAGCAUUUUUUUUUUUUUGCUUUCUUCCCAAACCACAAGACAUGAGGAAUUAUAGUCCUUCAUUGAAUGUUAGUUGGGGGUCUAAGUGUUAAGGACACUGGCGUUUAGUUUAGGCCUUCAACUCUCUCACCCCAGUCUGCACUUUAUUUAAGGUCUUUCCUAAAGAUCUUACUGUUCUUACUGAUGUGAAAAAAGUGGGGAAGAAUCAUUGCUCAUUGGAAGGAAUCUCUUUUUUUUUUUU